UCUGGGGGACAUGUCAGUGUAACCCUCCGCCUGCGGUAGAUGUGCUGAGGCUGGAGUAGCCACCAUUUUGCAUGUCUAGUGUGUUCCUCCCUCCAUUGCUAAUAGAGACGAAUCCAGUCAUUUUCUUCUGGCAUCACUGCGGCGAAGAAUGCCAGCUCCGAUCAGACUUCGGGAGCUGAUCCGGACUAUCCGGACAGCACGGACCCAGGCAGAGGAGCGUGAGAUGAUCCAGAAAGAGUGUGCUGCUAUCCGCUCAUCCUUCAGAGAGGAAGACAAUACAUACCGUUGCAGAAAUGUGGCAAAGCUUCUUUAUAUGCACAUGUUGGGCUACCCAGCACACUUUGGCCAGCUGGAGUGCCUGAAGCUGAUUGCGUCCCAGAAGUUCACUGACAAACGGAUAGGAUAUUUGGGAGCUAUGCUGCUGUUGGAUGAGAGGCAGGACGUCCACCUACUAAUGACAAAUUGCAUUAAGAAUGACUUAAAUCACAGCACACAAUAUGUACAGGGCCUGGCUUUGUGCACUUUGGGCUGCAUGGGUUCAUCAGAAAUGUGUCGUGACCUGGCAGGGGAGGUAGAGAAGCUGCUCAAAACAUCUAACUCCUACUUGAGGAAAAAAGCAGCGUUGUGUGCAGUUCAUGUCAUCAGGAAAGUUCCGGAACUCAUGGAAAUGUUCCUUCCAGCCACAAAAAACCUGCUGAGCGAGAAGAAUCAUGGUGUUCUCCAUACAUCAGUUGUCCUCCUCACUGAAAUGUGUGAAAGAAGUCCUGAUAUGCUGGCCCACUUCAGAAAGAAUGAGAAGCUGGUUCCACAGUUGGUGAGAAUCCUGAAGAACCUAAUCAUGUCUGGAUACUCUCCUGAGCAUGAUGUGUCAGGCAUAAGUGAUCCUUUCCUGCAGGUGCGGAUACUGAGACUACUGCGAAUUUUAGGAAAGAGUGACGACGACUCCAGUGAAGCAAUGAAUGACAUUCUUGCACAGGUUGCAACAAACACAGAGACGAGUAAAAAUGUAGGCAAUGCUAUCCUAUAUGAGACCGUCCUGACAAUAAUGGACAUCAAGUCUGAAAGUGGAUUGAGGGUCUUGGCCAUUAACAUACUAGGUCGCUUCCUUCUUAACAAUGACAAAAAUAUAAGAUACGUGGCAUUGACAUCCCUACUAAAGACGGUACAGACGGACCACAAUGCAGUGCAGAGGCAUCGGAGCACCAUUGUGGAUUGUUUAAAAGACCUGGACGUGUCCAUCAAGAGACGUGCAAUGGAACUGAGCUUUGCCCUCGUGAACGGCAACAACAUUCGAGGCAUGAUGAAAGAGCUGCUCUACUUCCUGGACUCCUGUGACCCGGAAUUCAAAGCAGACUGUGCAUCGGGGGUCUUUCUAGCUGCAGAGAAGUAUGCCCCUUCGAAAAGAUGGCACAUAGACACCAUCAUGAGAGUCCUGACAACAGCAGGGAGCUACGUGCGAGACGAUUCUGUUCCUAACCUCAUCCAGCUCAUCACCAACAGUGUAGAGAUGCAUGCCUACACAGUGCAGAGACUGUACAAAGCCCUGCUGGACGACAUCUCACAGCAACCUCUAGUGCAGGUGGCAUCCUGGUGCACAGGAGAGUAUGGGGACCUGCUAGUGUCUGGACAGUGUGAGGAGGAAGAACCCAUCCAGGUGACUGAAGACGAAGUUUUGGAUGUGCUAGAGGGACUCCUGGUGUCCAACCUGUCCACACCUGUGACCCGGGGUUAUUCCCUCACUGCCAUCAUGAAGCUGUCGACUCGCUUCAGCGGUGUUAACCGUAUCAAGAAGGUGGUUUCUGUAUAUGGCAGCAGCAUCGAUGUGGAGCUUCAGCAGAGAGCUGUGGAAUACAACGCGCUUUUCAAGAAAUACGACCACAUGAGGCCAGCUCUCCUUGAGCGAAUGCCCAUUAUGGAGAAGACUGCUACUAAUGGACCCACAGAGAUUAUACAGACAAACGGGGAGACAGAGCCCUCUGCUGUGGAACCAAAACAUCCACCUCCUGUCACCCAACCAGCCAACCAGGCUAAUGAUUUAUUAGACUUGCUGGGUGGUAAUGAUGUGGUGCCAGUGAUCCAGACCACGAUGCCCACCAAGCCGGCCUCAGCUGGAGGAGAGCUGCUCGAUCUGCUGGGCGACCUCUCGCUAACUGGAGCUCCAGCCCCUGCUCCUGCUCCCUCUUCCCAACCCCCUUUCCUCUUGGAUGGCCUGUCCUCACAGCCCCUGUUUAAUGACAUUGCAGCUGCAGCUAUUCCUCCUAUGACGGCGUACAACAAGAAUGGUCUGAAAAUAGACUUCACGUUUGAGAGGGCUAACCCAAAUCCAAACAUUGCGGUCAUCACCAUCCAUGCUUCCAACUCGACAGAGGCAGAUAUGACAGACUUUGUUUUUCAGGCUGCAGUACCAAAGACAUUCCAGCUGCAGCUCCUCUCCCCUAGCAGUAAUGUUGUCCCAGCACUCAACCAGGGAUCUGUCACGCAGGUCAUCAGAGUCCUCAACCCACAGAAGCAACAGCUUCGAAUGAGGAUCAAGCUGACGUACACCCACAAAGGCUCGCCUGUGCAAGACCUGGCUGAGGUUAAUAAUUUCCCCCCUCAGUCCUGGCAGUGAUGAUCUGCUCCUGCUGCUCUUAAAAACCCCACCAAGGGAACUAUGAAAACGAAUUCCUUUCACCUCCCUCCUUUCUUCCACUGGAUCCCCCUGUGACGUCGAUGCAGACCGCUGCCCUCGAGUUGCAUGGGAAGCAGCAGAGCAUCUAACACAGGAGAAAAACGCAGAUGUUACGAAGACCAUCUUGACUAUUGACCUCACCAGAAAAAAUUGGGAAAAACAUAUCAAUCAAUGAACUUUAUCUUUUCUUUCUUAAUUGAUUUCCAUGCUCUCUUUGCGUAGUAGUACUAUUUUUCACAAGCUCCAUUACCACCCACGAAAGCACAUACAUGGUAUGCACACCAUUCACUGUGGUACACUUGACCACUCAAGUCACUGUAGAGAAAGUGUUGUCACUACAAGCACUGCUGAAACACAUUGCUCCAUUGACAUUCAUAAUUGGCUUUUCAUAUGAACAUUCAGUCCUACGAUGGCAGCAGGAACAUCUUUUGAAAAGGUCUGUUUAGUAACCCCCUUUUUUGACCCUCCAUAUCAUAAGUUAUAUAACUUUUCAGAGUUGUAUACAUUUUGAAUUACAUUAAUUUGCUUAAAGCAUGUUUGAGCAUUGUUAGAUCACAAUCGCACCUCGACUCAAAGCUCAGAGUGGAUGUUCUGGUUCUGGUAGUAGAUCUCUUUAUCCUAUGUUUCUAUAGGAAGUAGUCUACGACUGUGAUGUCACUAUGAUAAGAGCUUGGACGGAUCCGAGAUGCCCAGUUUGAUCACGCGCGGGUAGUUUAAGACAUGCUCAAGACUACACAGCUCUCCUAAAAUCAUCUCAUCUGUAGCUUUAGUUUUAGAUGCGUAUAUUAAAUUUGACGGUUAAUUGCUUGGCCUAGUUUGAGGAUGUUCAUUCAUUAGGAUGGAUUAUAAUCCAAACCUGGAGUUUGUCUGAAGACAUGUUGAUUGCAUUUGUGUUGGGGAUCUAUGUUUAAACUUUUACUGCAUUUUUGUCCUCACAGUCUAGCUUGCAAUUUUAGACACAUUUCAGAUUUAUUUAACCUGGUUGAACUUGGUCACCAUGCACAUACAUGUAAAUUAAGCUUGUUAUGAAUGUAGUUACAUGCACUGAAUACUUUUUUUUCUUUCUCCCUCAAGUCUUUUUCAUUUCUGUCUUCUUGACACUCAUCUUAUUGGCACUAUUUUUGUGAAACUGUUUUAUUUCUCUAUAGUAAUUUGACUUAAUUAUUUAUGCCUGAUAUCAAAGUGAUGUGCCUUUCUGACUUAGCUCGAUAAAAGCCCCUAAACUAUUGAGUUCUGUAUGAGCUUUGUACGUUUGCUUGUGUGCUGAUUGUGUUUUCAAUCUGAGAGAAAUGAUCCUGUUUGAUUUGAAUUGGUGUAUCGCCUCAUCACCGCAAGUUGUACUUUUUUUUCAAUUCUAUAUCUCAUACCGAGUUAGUCUCCCACUUAUAACGACAUACCCGGAUGUCCACAGCAAUGUGUUAUUGUCUUAGUUUUGACAAAAACUUAAAUUAUAGCGUCCUGAUUCUGAUCCCCCUCCACAUAGUGUGUGGGAGACUCUAAAUUAAAAAUACCUAUUGGAUGUUAUUGCUAACAAGUCCUAAAAAACUAAGUAAAUCUUAAAGACUAUGGCAGCUAGUCGAUGUAAACUUUUCAUAAGCUGACAUCGAGUGUUUUAAACAAAAAAGUAUAAAUGUCCAUCUGAAAAGGAAGUGUAAUCAAGGUUCUCCUCCGGUCAACAAACAUUGGAGUGAGUUUGGAUCACGGGAUGAGGUACUGCGACGGGUGGUUCAGUGGUGACUGUUGGUGUGAUUUCUUAGUUCUCGUCUUCUCCAAAUCAGAUUCUGACCAUCCUGCUGGGGACAGUGACCCCUCAUACCUCACAAUGUAAUCUCUUUCUGUUAAACUUUCAGUGGCAGUAAAUUGACAGCUUUGUUUAGUCAUGAAUUGCAAUCAAGGGGAGCAUCUGCAUGAGAGGAACUAAUUGUAGUUUGUUCAUCUUGUUACUCGACAAGACGAGCAGCCCUGCGAUGCUUUGUGGAGAUCCUCGGAUGUUCAAUCAGGCUGUACACUUCUUUUCACUAUGCUUCACCAUCUUCUAACACUUUGUGACCAAAUCAGAGAGAUUAUUAGCUUUGGAAAUAUUUUUGAGCUAUGAUGUGUAUAUGGAGAAAAUAAUUUCAGUUUAAUUUUUUUUUCUUUCUGUUGACAAUGCUAUAUUGGCUUUUUUUCUGUACAUAUUGAGGGCUUUUACAAUUUUGUCUCUUGUACUAUCUUUCAUCCUUUUUUUAGAUGCCAUUUUCUAAAAAAAAUUCCAAAUAUCCACAAUGUAUAUUGUCUAAAUAGGUCUAGCAUCCGUCAAUUGAGACUUCCCUGUAUCAUCAAUAAUUCAUUGUAAAAGAUAUAUGAUCUGUUGCCUGUACAUUGUAUAUAGUUGUAAAACAAACAAAUCUGAUCAGAUUAAAUAAAAACCCACAUGAAGAAUUAAAAGAUUAGUUAGGAAGUAUAAUUGUAUGCAUAUAUGUACAAAACAGAAUCUUAAAAGGAUGCAAUUGAGCCGCAUUUUGUUUGAUUUACUACACUUCAUACUUCAUCCAUGAUCAGAUGUCAUCUUGGCGUCUUUUGCAAAUAUAGCUGCGAGUCGGUAGGCUACUUGUUUGGAUUCCCUUGGACGUUGAGACGAGGGUUGAAUUUGUCUUAAUGGAUGCUGUCUGACUGACAAACUGUACUACUGAGAAACCUAAGCACAGUGCUGCACAGCGGCAGAAGUGGCACCUUACUUCAUCUUCUUCCCUCGAACGCCUCGUGUAUCCUUGCCCUCCUUGGAAGAGGAGUAGGUGUCUUGACGAGAUGCAACUCUUACUUUCUGGCCUUAUGUGUGGUUUUACUCUUCUGCUCUGUCGGAGUGCAAUUCACAGACAAGUCACAUCACUUGAUCUUUCUUCCACCUACAACAUUGUGGAUUGAGGCGUGGUUGUUCUUGGUGUGGUUAUCAUCGAUCUUUUUUGUUGUUGUUGUUGUUCUUGUUGUCUGGUUUGUUGCACCUUCCUCAAAGCAUCACGCCACUACUAGAGCCACACAAGGAUGUCUUUAUCUUCGCCUUGAUUUAUUUUCCCCCUUAUGGCCAGUAGGUUUAAAUUGGAAUUGGAGUGCGUUUUCGUGUCCCGGGUGGUUCCAGAUAUGCAUGUUGGCGCAGCAGUGUCCCUCCCUGGGCCCGAGUAGUGCAGGGCUUUUCUUUUGGCUUCCUUUCUUUAUUUUCAACCCUUUAUCGUGAUGUAAUCUUCCUCCGCAUGGGACACCGCGCAGCUUCUCUUUGUAUUCUCUGAUCUCAUCAUGUCAGAUCAAUCUCAGCCCUUGCUGUUUUGGCAGGAUAUGAGACAGGAAGGCAAUGGAUCAAUUCCUUUUCUCUUAGGAUAUUUUUGAUUUUUCUUGUGUGUUUGUUUUGAUGAAGCGCUGCUCAGAACAACACGGGGACAAGCCUGUGUUACAAGAUAAUAACCACAAGGGGGAGCUGUGUUAAAUGGAAGGCUGACGGGAUGGGAAAGGAAGUUUCAUGCAUCUAUUCCUGAAUGUUUUUGGCGGUGUUAUUUGUGUUGUCUUAUUCAUCCACUAUGUACCCUUGUUAAUCACAUCUGAUCUGAGUGCUUUCAAUGAUACCGCAACUCAUGCAGUUUUAAAUGUACAAAUGGAAAUGAACCUAACAUAAGUGCUUUGGACAGUGUAACUCAAAAGGAAGAAAAGAAACGAACCCCAAUCAGCGGUGUGAUCAGCAUUUGAAGUAGUGUGCGUGUGUGUGCGUGCGUGUGUGUGUGAGACAGAAGAAGUGAUGCUUUAGAGAUGAUGUGUGACAUGUCUUAUCUAGAUAGGACUUGAUUUUUUUGGCUGCAAUUUCAACUUUCAGCUUCUGAGCUGCAUGUGAAAACCAGUGUAAAUAAUGUCAUUUCUACUCUUGGCCUGAGAUUCUUUUUGAAAUGCAAGAGACGUUUAAACUAUAAAAUCGGUCACACCACCUUCAUGGGUCCGGACUAACCUGUACAAUAGGGUGUUGUUCAGAUAGUGCUCACAAUACUGUUAAUGUAUAAUGUAUGAUUUUUAAGAGGGUUUUGAACAUGCACAUCCAUCAUCUUGGACUAUUAGGAUAAUUGAUUUUUUUUUUUUUUUUACUUUGUUGGGGUGAAUUCAGCGUGGUGAGGGCUUGGAAGAGCAUCUGAAUUACGGCCAUGUUCAGUUUCCCUGUUUAGUCAAACAAUGCAACCAUUGUAUUUUGAAAACAAAAUGUCUGUGACCUCCCCAGGCCCGUCCUGACUGUAAAAAAAUGUGGUGUCGGAAUUGUUGGGGGGGAGGCUGGAAGCAUAAGGUUCACUUUUUCCAGUCAAGUUUGACAUGUUGAACUGAACAACAGUUCCAUGGCUUCGAGAUUUGAAUGUCAGACUGAAAGUAUGAAAAGAUGAUUAAAGAUGACAAGUUGUAAACUAUUAAAUGGGAUAUUUUCAAUUUAUGCUGUGUAUUCUUGUCUUUGGGUUGGAGAAAAUGAUCAAGCGAAUAAAAAGUCAAAUAAAAAAUCUAGUUGAACUAUG